AUGCGUUUCCAGAUCAUCGCCGCUUUCCUCGUCGCCACCGCGGCCGCCCUCCCCAGCGUCGCUACCGGCAACGGGGCCACCGCUGAGACCAUCAACGUUGGCGAUGCCAGCGCCGUCUGCGGCGCCAGGGAACAGACUCUCAAGUGCUGCAACAAGGAGGUGAACGUCGCGAACACCAGCCUCCUCUCCGGUCUCCUCGCCGGCCUUGGCGUGUUCGAUGGCUGCUCCUCUCUUUCCGUCUCUGCCCUCAUCGGCGUCACCGACCUCCUCAACCAGAAGUGCAAGCAGACCGCUGCCUGCUGCGGCUCCAAGACCGUCCAGGACGGCCUCGUCAACAUCGGUCUCCCCUGCGUCGCUCUCGCCAACCUUAUCUAA